CGCAUGCGCAAAGUCUCCACGUGGCAGUUGUCGGUUGGAAGCGAAGCGCGCUAGACCGUUCUUCUUCGCUGCUGUAGCUGCGUGUAGGAUCCUCACGUUCAGAGCCAGAAGCAACGCAGCAGACACAGGGGACUCACAAAGAUGGCGGUAGCUCAGCUGGCAGUGAAGCAAGAAGCCCAGUCCCCGCCUCCCCCAUCCCUCCCUCCCUCCUUCACCCCCGGCACCACUCCACCAGGCACGACCCCUCGUGACCCCCUGGGACUGGAGGAGAGGAUUUUAACCCUCUGUGCACAGAAUUCCAAGGGGAUAACCGACGACAUCAUUGUCCAGGAUCAACCGACCAUUGAUGUGGAGAAGAGAUUGAGAGCAUUGCAACGACUCCUGUCGCAGGGCAAGAUAGAGCUGCUAAAACAGGGACACAGUCUUGUCUACAGACUCAAAGCCACGUCAUCAACACCCAGCAGUAAAACCAAGGGACUAGAGAGGGAGCAGAGGUUGGUCUACCAGCUGAUAGAAGAUUCAGGAAACAAAGGAAUCUGGAUGAGGGAGAUCAGAUUCAGGUCGAACAUAGCGCAGAGUGAAGUGACUCGGUGCCUCAAGACGCUGGAGAGCAAGAAACUCAUCAAGAGUGUCAGAUCUGUACAGGCUGCCAGGAGAAAG